UCUGUAAAUUCACUAAGUAUUUAGACGACAUGAAAUUCAACCUUGAACAAUUAGGAUUGCAUCUGAAAAUAAACAGGAGAUAUUUUCUAAACUUGCGCUACGAUCAGCUGAUGAGUUAACAAAUUUUAAGUAACUGCUUACCACAGUGCACCUUCUAUCCGAAAACCUCAUAGAUUCUAUGUACUUAUAAAAUUCAAUUUUUCUCAAUGUAAAUUGACCAUUUUGCUUUGAAAGUUAAUGUAUACAAUAUGAUGUUAAUUGCUCGGAACGAUAUAUCAUGAUUUACAGUUGAUGGUUAGUGUUAGGAAUUAGAUUUAGAGUUUUCAUCACGAACUGACAUCAACUAUGAUGUUGAAAUUCUAUUUAGUCAAAUGGAUAAGUGAAUUUCGCGCCGAAAUCUAAUACUUGUCGUACGAUAACAAUCAGAUUUACGUAAAUCUGAUUUGUUCGCCGCUUUUUAAUAUAUGUGCGCACGAAGUCUUUUGGUUUCCUUGAUGAGUUUCUGGACACAUGUCCUAUUUUAUUCUUUUGGUACGCUGCGAUGAGUGGUUCCAAGUAGUUAGAAUCCCUUGUAAUCUGGUCUCUCUCCAUAAUUUAGUUCUUAGAUUUUCUGUAGGUAUUUAAAACCGACUUUUUUUGGAUAUUUCUGUUUUAUGAUAAAUUAAGACUUUCGGAAAAGCGAAUGUUGAAGCUUCGUGGUUCCAACCGCUUUCACUGAUACUAGAAAUUCAGUCGAGACAUGUACGUACAAGUAUUUACAGGUUUUUUUUUAAUUUCGGACGAUAAAAGCCUUCUCCCUUCAAGUACAAGCCUCAUUUUCAACGGCUCAGUUAUAUGUCGUGUUGUCUGUUUGUUAAGUCCUUGGGAAAUGCGUUAGUUCCGCAAUUUGUUUCUUAACAGCUCUUGGCUUCCUAUCUUGUUCUCGACAUUAAGAUAGUUAAUCAGUUUUCUACUGGUUCAUCAUAGGCACUGCAAAUAACUGUGAUGAACGUAGCCUAAUAAUAUUUGUUGUUGUUGUUGAUAGAAAGCAGCUUUUUAUGAUAUAUUUUGCCUUGAAUAAUCCCGUAAUUUCUUACAUCAAAUGUGAUUCAAUGGCAAUUUAGUAAAUUUGCCAUGAAUUUUUACAGGCUUAUGGCGGAAUUAGAAUUUGUAUAAUAUCCGAGAAGUUUUGUCGUUUUAAGGCUGACGUUUCUCAUUCCUCAAUAAAAUUUACUUUUUGUGAUUUUACAUACCUCUGCACAACAAAAUGUGACUAGUCACUCUUGGUUUUAAAAAAUGUUAUUGAUUUUACUUUAAAAAUAUUAAUGUAGCCGUUUUUCCGACGUAAAUGCUGUUCAGAGUUAUGAGAAAAUCUGAGGAUCUGUCUAAAGAUCCUCUGUUGACCAGUCGAAAACAAAUUUAUCCCACGGGUUCAAAUAACCUGUUGAGACUUGCUUGCAACUCAUGGAUCGAACCUAUCGAGAUAUGCGAAUUUUCUAAAGUAAAUACAAGUAUGGAGACUUCGUCCGAAGCUAAACCUUCUGAUUCAAUCACAUUGGUUGCAGAAGGGAAUACGAAUGUAUCUACAGAAUCUUUAACAAAUGAGGAUAACAAUUGGGAUAUAGUUGGUGAGGAUUUGUUAUUAGAUAUUACCGAGGAGGAUGUUUCACGGUUGGUUGAUAUAUUUCCUGGAGCAUGUAAAUUUGAAUAUGGAAAUGGAGAAAACUCUGUGUUCUAUGGAUGUUGUAAACGUUGUUCCGAUCGUCUGAAACCAAAUAAUGCUUUCCUGGAUCAUUAUGAUGCUUGUUUUUAUUGUAUUAAUUGCCAUCAGUUACAAGAAGCAAUUAUUCCUCGUAAUCUUAUAAUGAAUUGGGAUUUUUCACUUAAACCAGUUUGUCAAAUCACACAUCAAUUUCUUAGUGCAUUACAUAAUAGACCAGUUAUAAAUUUAGCUAAAUUAAAUCCUAUUCUUUAUGCUACUAUACCAAAUUUAUAUUUAAUUAGACAACUUCGACGUACUUUAGUUUUAUUAUGGGAUCAAAUAAUUAGAUGUGAUGGUAAAACAGCUGAAAAACUAUGUGAAUGUAUGGAUGGUCGAAUGUAUAUGCUACAAAAUAUCACGGAUAUUGAUAUAUAUUCAAUUGAGGAUUUAAUACUUGUACAGUCUUCAAAAUUAGAAGAACUACUUAGAAAUACUAUUGAAAAUGUUGCUUUAGCACAUGUACGUACAUGUAAAGCGUGUAGACGAAGAGCGUUAAUCUGUGAUUUUUGUGGUGACUUAAAUAAACCAAUAUGGACACAUGAAUUUACUACUUAUAAACGAUGUAUCAAUCCAGGUUGUUCAAAUGUGAUGCAUAUUGAUUGUUUGGUAAUGAUGGUUAAAGAUCUAACAUCUAAUGUAGAUUGUUGUUUUCAACGUCAAUCCAGUAUAAUCUCUUCAAAAGAUUAUUCUCAAUUAAAAUUUUCUGAUAUACAAUGUAGAACAUGUAAAGAAUAUUGUACAUUAUUUUCUAGAAAUAAUCAAAUUAUUGGACAUUAUGCUGAUCCAUUUUGUUUACCUGAAAUACAUUCGUAA